UUAUUGUCGAAAUAUGUAAUACUAGUCAAUCUUUAGUUAUAGUAAACUAAAGCCGUCAGAACGACAAGGGCUUCCUUUUUAUUCUAUUCUAUUUUAUUUUAUUCUAUUUUAUUUUAUCUUCCUUUCUAUAUAAACUAACAAAGAAAUGAAUAAAUCAAAAAGAAAGACAUAAUGAAAUUUGAAUGAUUUGCGUAACCAUCAGCUCCUUUCCUUUCUUUCUCUCCCCCUUGAUUUCUUCUGGUUAAUUUUCAUUGUUAUUCAUAAAUAUAAGUAGGCAACUUCUUUACUUUCUUUACUCCUUUUCACUUAUGAAUACUUGAAUAUGACAGUGCUUUUAUUCGUAAAUGAAUUUCAAACAAUUCGGUCAAAAUCAAGGAAAUCUCAUUUAAAUAAUAGUUCAAGCAAGCUAAGAUCAAGAAAGGCACCUAGACCUCGCAAUUCGUUUAUUUUAUAUAGACAAGAAAAACAAAAAAGUGUUACAAUUUCAACCAUGAAGUUACACAGUAAGGAUCUUUCGAAGAUAUUUGCGGAAAUGUGGAAAAAUGAGAAAGAGGAAGUACGGAUGAAGUAUGAAAGGAUGGCUGAGGAAGAAAAAUUAAUGCAUGGUAUGCUCUAUCCAAAGUACAAGUAUAGGCCCAAGCAAAGAAAGAAGUCUUUGCUGCUUUCAGACAAGUGUCCAGAGCUGGAAAAGAAAGAAAAGAACGAACUUCUUCAUGAAGAAAACUUACCUAUAAAAGACAAUCCUAACACUUGGACUCACCAAAAUGAAGAGCAGAAAAAUAUAUACAAUGGAAACCAUUUUGAAUUAUCAGUAGAACUUUUUGACUAUAUAGAUGCCAUACCGCCAUCAACACCACCUUCGAAUAUGGUGGACGAAUUUCAGUUAUUCCCCAACGGCUCGAAACUAGAUUACCUUUCAUUUAAAGAUUAUGAACUUUACACUCUUGUGUCCUUACUAACCUAACUUAAUAAAACCCUUUUCUUUUCCUUUUUU